AUGGUAUCCGAACAGCACAUGAGCACCCAGUCCAUUGUUGUGGCUACGGAUAUGAUCAAGACGGUUUCGGACAGUCUGAAGAUUGUCUCUAUCUAA